AUGCUGCUGAAACGACGACUGCGGUUGGGCGGCGGCCUCUUGGCGCUGGGUUUCGUCGCGCUGUUCUCGGGACAUCCGCCGCCGGUCCGCGGCGAUAGAACCGGUACCGUCGUGGCGCAGCACAACUUAGAGAGCCAUCAGUACAAGGACUCUAGAAAAUGUUCCUGGUCGGCCUCGGCGUUCGGUUGCGGCGGCGGCGGUGGGGGUUACGGAAGCAACAGCAAACGGACGACCGUGUCGGCGACAAAACGACAUCACGCCGCGGACAAACGUAUCCGCAGUGGUGGCGGUGGCGGUGGCGGAAGGGUUGGUGGCGAAGACAGAACGGACAGCGAUUUGGAUCUAAACGGCAAUACGAAUUUCGAUUACAACAGCUAUGACGGCGGUGGCGGCGGUUACAACAUGGACGACAACGACUAUAACACUUACGAUCAGGUGGAGCUGAUCAACGAACCCAGGGACAGGAUGAUGCCGGUCGUCUACAACCCGCGGCCCAUGACGUACAUGCAGCCGCCACCGUCACUGCAGCAUCUACCGCUACUCAAUCGCCAGCAAAUACAGUCGCAGUACGACAUGCCCCCGCCCUACCAGGUGCCCAUUAUCGGUGAGUCGCUCAAUCGUACAUUAUAAUAUUUUCAUUACGUGCGCGCUUUUUUAUUCAAAUUAUUUCUAGAUUUUUUACGUCGUUAUCGAAAGACUCCGCUCCCGAUCGUAACCAAAUAACCAAAUUCCUAUUACCGUCUCGCAUAGGACUCCGUGUACUACCCAACGAGUCCAGUCCAUAGAGGAAAAUGUGAGGGGGGCUCGAGGGACUAGACUAUUUUAAAUAUUUUAUUAGCCCCUAAAUAUUGUUCGCGUUUCAAUUAAUGGUAACAUGUUUUGUUCGCAUUCCGGAUGUUCGAAGAUUUUAGGUCCCGCUGAAAUUUCAAUGAAUUUCCGUCUACUACGGUACGAAUAUAACCGUUCAUUCGUUUACGUGUUUUCAAAGCCACGUUUAACGUGAGGGGAGGGAGCGGGGCAAGGAGACAAUCGCCUAGAUUAUAAAAAUUGUACGGUGUUUGGUGGCUGGUACGAAAAAAUGUUUGGGAUGGGAGAGGACAAUCUCUAACCCCUUGCGUAAGUGCCCGUUUUGAGAGGCGGGAAUUUUGAGUAAACCAUCAAAGUAAACCGCAAUAACCUAGCAUGCUCUUUCUAAUUCGCUAAUGUACUUUAGGUCUCGUUCCUUUGAAAAUAAUUGUUUGCAUUUAAAUCACUCCGUUGCAGAUACCAGUGGCGCAGCCAUUGCAGGGGCGUACGAUUUUUUUUUUUGUGGGGGGCUUAAAUGUGUGACGGUAAUGAAGUAUUUGUUUGACAAAUCAUGGUUAAAAUUGAAUCAAUUUAAACAUGCACGUAAAGCAGGUCUAAUAGCUAGAUGUUCACGUCAAUUUAAUUGACUGCACAAUUCGUGUCAUACCUGCAGUGACAAACUGAUAAAGCUGAUCAUACUGUAACCGUACCGUUUAUUAAAUGUACAUAGCAUAUUUAAUCAAAAUGACCAUACUAACAAACAGUUACUAUAGGUACAAUCGAUUUUAUAAUUUUAUGAAAAUGCGUUAGAUAUAAAUAAAAAAAUUACAAAUAUAGAUUAAAAAUAAUUAUUUACAUAUUUAUAAUUAAUUACAAAUAUACCUAUGUAUGGUGUAAAUGUAAAUUUACUUAAUUUAAAAUUAAAACGAAAUUUUUAAUGCGAUAAAUUGUGAUUGGAUCCUUUUUUUCUAAAAAUAAAAAAAAAGUAGUACAUCAUUAUUCAGUCGAAAAUAGAGACUAAAUAAUUGUUUUGAUGACAAAUAGAAUAUAAUUUUUUUUUUUCUAUUAUUUAGGGACAAAAAAAUAUUUGGGGCUCUUUAAUUUACAGCUACGCCGUCGCUGUUUACAUAUUAUUGAAUGCUAAACAAAUUAAAACAAGUAACAAGAAUUACAUUCAUAUAUCUCUGAAUUCGAAGAUGUAUAGUGUUCUAAAUCAUUUCUUUAUGCAAUUUUCCCAUUUUUUUACCAUAACUAUACCAUAAUUUUUAUAAUUUUUUCCACGAUUCCACAAUUUUCGUUAUUUUUUCUCAUUGUUUGUAAUUUUAAAAAAAAAUGUAUGGAAAUUAACUUAAACCUUCAUUGCUAAUACCGAAUACAUACUAAACCGCAAUAUUGACAUUACAAUAUUUUAAAUCAAUGGAUUAUAAACUGUUUUAAUUUAUGUACAUCGUAUUUAGCAUUAUUAUAUUGUACAGUCGUAAAUCCAAAUUCUAAAUCUGAAUUGUCACGUAUUUAUUUCGGAUAAGUUUUGGUUUUUACUUGUAUACGAUCAUUCUUAAGAAACAAAGAUUAUGUUAAUUAUUUUGACCGUUGUAAUAUCACUGUCUACAAUAUCAACAUAUUUAAAAGAGAUCUACGUGUAAGAGCAUGUGAAUUAAAAAAAAAAAAAUUAUAAUUUAUAAUUUUUUUUUUUAAUUUUAUAAUUCUUUACGUGGAAAAUAAAGUAGCAAGUAUCAGAUUAUUUCGUUUAAAAACUGAACGACGGAGGAAAGAUUUCGUUUUUCAUAUACCUGUUGCACUGCACUUGGACGAAUAAAACCGUCAACAACAAAAAUGUCGCCACUACCUGCAAAAUAAUGUAACCUUGGCAAUUUUUUUCCAUUUAAUAAAAACUGUACAGUACUACUAUUAUAGUUUACAAAAACUAAAUUUUUAAAAUUUUAAUUAAUAAAUAACAAAAAUUGACUUGCAACUUAUAAGUAACUUCUCCAUAGUUAUACUUUUAUACGGCAUCGGACCAAAAUUACAUGUAAAUUUAUUCAAUUUGUCUAUCCGUAAAACUUUGAGGUAUACAGGUACUUAAGAAAACAAAUUUACUAAGUAUAACUUAUGAUAAACGCUCUUGCAAAGAAAUAUCUAAGAAAAUUCAAUUAUAAAAAAUUAAUAUGUUAAGAGGGCGUGCUAAUGAUAAAAAAAAAAAAUGAGAAAUUGUACAGUGUAAUGUUAAUUAUUUGUACUUUUUCGAUAUUACAAAUAUAAAAAAAAAGUUAUUAUUGUUUUAAAAUUUACUAGCUUGAAAUUUUUCACGUUUGAAUAUUUUUUUACAAUGCAAAAGCUCUACUAUUACGAUGGAAAUAUUGGUUCUUAACUAAGUAGUGUUUGCUUGCGAACAACGGCUUUCGUAAACAAAAUUUUGGGUGAUUUUAUAUCGAUAGAAAAUAAAACACAGUAUCUAUGCAUUCGAUUUUCUAAUAGAAUAGAUACAAAUAUUAAUAAAUGAUUGCCCGUAAGUUAAUAGGUGUUAUUUAAUAUUUAUAGAACUAUAAAUAGGCAGGUAUAUCAUGAUACUUCAGGUCAAUAUAAAUUAAAACCGUUGUAUUUCCCGUAGUAUUAGAUAUAUAUAUAAAAAAAAAAAAAAAAAACUACGAACAAAUUGAUAUAAUUUUGGAGCUCAAUAUUAUUUAUUUAUUCAUAUAAAUAUAAUUGUGGUAUGAAUGUUAACGACACGAAUCAGAAAGCAUAUAAGCGCUCUGGUAUAUACAUGUCGGCACCUAUAGGAAGCGAAUUCCCAUUUGUGAUUGGUCCACUUCAUUCGAGUGUGUGUGGAAAUUUCAUGUACUGCUUUUGUAGAUGGGAUAUUAGUUUAAAUUUUCUUUUCCGGUUUUUUUUUUACCCGACGUGUUUUUGCAUAAAAAAAUCAAGUGAUUAACCUUCGACAUGAGCGAGCGAAUAGAGGUGGCUGAAAGUCCCAAAACGAAAUAAUUUGAAAUUGAGAACAUUUAUAACAGUUAGAGACCAAUUCUAUCGGUUAAAUAGAAUACCAAUACUAUAAUACCGUAAUACUUAAAUACGGUAACUUUCGGUUAUAAUUGGAAAUUAUUCGGAAAUAAUUAUCGUUUGGUAUAUGAAACGAAAAUCUUUUUAUAAAUAAGUAUAAACACUAAAAUGUCAACCUUUAAUACCCUCAAAGUAAAGAGCAAAAAAAAAAAAAUACUGUUGACAUUUUAUGUUUUAAAAAUAAAAUCUUACAGUUUAUAUAGAAAUAAUAAACGUAAUAUGUACUUCUACAUUACACAAAAAGUUAAAAAAAUCAACGUUAAACUCACAAUACAUCACAGUGUUAUAUCGUUUUCAAUUAUACGGACGUAUAAAUUUAUAAAACAUAAAAAUAUUUUCACACCACGUUAAACCAUUGAUAAAGAAAAAACGAUUCUGAGCGGAGUUCACUUAAUAAUAAUGCAUUGUCAACAAUAUAAAACAUAUCAUACUAUAGUAAAUUUUCUUUGAUAAUAUUUGUUUAAUAUUGUACUGAUUUUCCUGUUUUUUCCCGUGCUUUUUUUGGUUUUUCACAUUUGCUGGGAAAACUCUUGGGAAAAUCGAUUAACAGAACACUGAUUUUUGUGCAUGUACAAUACUUUAACUAGAUCGAUCAACAAUAACAUGUAAUAAUUCCCAUUGACAGUUUUGUCAUAAUAUUGUUGUGCGUUGAUAGUUUUGCUUUUUUUUUUAGUUUCCCUCGAGGCGUUGACCCGCGUAUGGGUACAAAAUUAUAAUUCGUUUUAAAUAAUCAACAAAAAUAUGUGGAAAAACUAUAUUAAUAAUAACAACAAAAUCAAAUACGAACGAAAAAUACAAUAUUGAAACAUACAUUGUUUAAAUAAAAAAAAAUGAAAAAAAAAUGAAUCUAACACUUUUAUAAAAAUAUUAAAUGUAUCCGAAAUCAAUACAAAAAAAAAAAUAAAUAUAUAAAUAUAUAUAAAAAUGUCCAAAUGGCAUGCAGUCGUAGACAAUUUAAACUUAAAUUUCUCACCGAGAAUUCGUUCUGUCAUUUAUAUUGUUUUUCCUAACGCAAUAAGAAAAGUUUAUAGUUUUCACCUCGGUCACAAUAGGUUCCUAUUAUGGGAAAAUUCAAUCGAUUUGAUUUAAGUACAGUAUAUAAGGGGGAGGGGAGAAAUACAACUGAAAAUAGAGAUGAUGGGGUACAUUUUUAAAUUUAUUACGGACUUUUAUUUUUGAAAUCAGGCGAUUGACUCAAUGGUCAAGGCAUUUGUACAUUUCGCAACUAAUUUUAAGAACUUUUACGUAUAUAAGUUACGUUAUGUUAUCCCUAAUAUCAGCUAGUUUUGUUUUAAUAGAGAUAAAAACAGGAAUAAAAGCUAUUGGGACAGAAAUUUGUGUAGCGAAGUAACUCAAAAAGGAGAUAAAUCGACUGGAACUAAGGAGCAAUAAGCUUCAAUUAUGGUAUUCAUAACAAUGUUUGAUGAAGAAGAAGGACAAUACCUAGUUUAUUUCCACUAUCGUGUCUUUGGGUUGAAUUUAUACGAUAAAAAUUAAUAAUCGAGACUGCAUAUGGUCUCGUAAACGUUCUCAAAAUAUUCCGAGGGUUUUUAUCCUCUCUGUGGAUGAGAUACGAAUGCACCGAAUAUGAUCAAUCACAUUAACACUGCAAUGAUUAUAUUAUAAUACCAUAUAUAUUUUACAGUUAAAAUAUUGUUUUAUUUCGUUAAUUAAAAUGGUUUAUUUCAAUAAAUAAAAUUGUAUUUUUAGGGUGUGGAACCAAACAUGACGAAAAAAUAAAAACGAUUCAGUUCUUAUAUAUUUAUUUAAUAAUUAUUAUUUUAAUCAAUAGCCCUCCAUCUGUAAAAGAGCUUAUACUAGUGACGUAUAUGCCGCUGUUAUAGGUGGGAAGUUGGACAGGUGUAUAGGACACAUAUUUUAUAUAGUUAUUUAAAUUCUAUCCGUAUGCAUCAAAAAUCAUAACUAACGACAAACAAUUCUAAAUAACGUUCGGUUAAACGUGAUUUGAAAUGAUUUUUAAGAUUUACGCUCAUAAAAAAAAAAAAAAAUUACAUGACGCUCAAUUUUUUUUUUGCUAAGGGCUUGCAUAUUAAUAGCAUCGAUCAUAAUUUAACAUGUUUAAAAAAAUACUUUUGAUGUUCGCUCAAUUUAAAUAAACCACCUAUAGUCAAUAUUGCGAUCAGGAUCUAAAGAUAGCGAAGGGUGUUGCAUGAUAGAGCGGAGAUAACCAUCCCCAAAUUUGAAAAUUUUGUCUAAGAAGUCAGCAUUUCAAUUUCGAAGGCAACAAAAUUAAUUUUUGAAAUUAUUUUUUUAUGAUUUCUUCUAAUAUAGUUCAGUCCCCUUUAUUUUUGAUUUAAAUAUUUUAAAUUUCCCUAGUGUAUUAGUUUAUUAAGUAGUUUUAUCUACAUUUGUAUGCAUUUUCAAAAUUCGGUUAAUUUAGUAUUGUUAUUGAAAUUCCAUAUGAUAUUUUAUUACAAUAUAUUUAAUCUUAAUUAUUAACAAUAAAACUGGUAACGUGUUUUUUGAAACAAAUAUAAAUCGAUAUUGUUUAUUAAGAAAUUUGCAUAAUAUAUUGAUAUUUUAAAAUAUUAAAAUAUUUCAGUUUUUAUAAAACAUUAAUUAAAAACUAAUAUUGUAAAAUCAUUUAAAUUUAUUAUAAUACGAAAUAUUUUUAUUAAUUAUAACUAAAAAGGCUAAAAAAUAUACAUGCCUGUAAAUACUAAUAUUAUCAUUAUUAUUAUUAGCUUUCAAUAUUAGGUAUACUAAUCGAUACAGCUCAGCGAUUAUAUGAAUAAAGAAAAAGAAAACGGAAAAAACAACAAAUAUAAAAGUAUAAAGGCACAAAAAAAAAAAUAUAAGAAAAUGAAUAAAAAUAUAGUCGGAACAUAUUAUAAAUAGCAAUGCGUAAUUUAUUAUUUAAACAUUUGAAAUGCAAUAGAACACAUAUAUAAAACAAAAUAGUCUUUUUUUUUUCCCAUAGAAAUGUAUUUAUAUAGUUUUUUUUCUUCUAAUAAUAGAAAAUACUAAUGGUCGAAUAUUUUGUGUAAUUCAAAUGUUUUUGAUUGAAAUAUCUUGCACCUUAGCAAAUUUUUGUUUCUGUUUUAUAAUUAUUUAUUUAAUUGACAAUUUGAUCAAAUUAUGUAUUCCAAGAAAAAUCGGCUAAUUGUAACCAUAUUAUAACACACGACAGCUGUUUAUUUUAAGUAUGUUGUUUAUUAAUAAUCAUAAUUAUGUAAGCAUUUAGUCUCGAUCCAAUUAAAAAAAAAAAAAAACCUUAACUCGUUUGAAAAAUAAAAAAGCCUAUUUUUAUUGUCUACUCGAUUUUAUGAAACUAAAUCGCUAAAUGUUUAUGAAAAAAAGCAAAAAUAUAAAUUAUCGCAGUCUCUGGAAUCUUAAAUAGUUCAGUUAUAAUAGCUCGUGCAUAACACGCCGUGAAAUCCUAAAAAUAUUAUAUAACUAUAAUUUAUUCGCGGGUAGAAGUUUUUCCACCACAAAAAAAUAUAAUUUUUGCUAGUGUACUAAUGUUUUAUAUUAAGUUACAAAACGCACACUUGGAUUAAAAUAAUUAUAAUAACAUAGACCCUGAAUAGGUAAAAUUACUUAUUUAAUCAAAAAAUGCAAAAAAAUAAAACAAAUCAUUUUUGUCAACAAUAAAAGUGUGAGCGAUUACUCAAUGUAUAUACAUCAUUAGAAAAAUAAGACGUUUUCGGGGAUCGUUUCCAGCUCUUUUUUUGGUUGAAAAACAUCUUAUGGGAAAACUCUCAUGUUUUUUUUUUAAAACGACCGGAUUUCGAUCAUUUUUUUUGUUGGAAAUAUCCUAUGGAUCUUAUAGAUAACUUUUUUUUUCUUUCUUUCUUUCUUCUAGUCUGUGGACACGUUUUUUCCUAGUAAACUUGCUCUGAUUUUCUGAAAGCUUAAGUUGUCUAGAUGGUACUUUAAAGAGAUCAUCUUUUGAUUUUCGACGCCAUUUUUCAAAUGAGUGCAUUUAAGUGGGAAAAAACGUGGGAAAAAGUACAAUUUCACAUUUUAUAAAAACACGAACGACAUUUUAUACCAAAAAAAUGAUUUAAUUGAAAAAUCACAAGACACCUAUUUUGUUUCCUUUACGAUUUAGUAUUUUACACUAUCAUUGCUAAUACUUUUGAGCUUUUAAGGAAUUGUAAUUUUUAGAAGUUUUUGCUGUUUUUCGGUUUUUAAUACACAUAGGGACUUGAAACUUGGUAAUAAUACUUAUAUUGGACUUAUCUAGACAUGGUAAAGUUUCCAAAAUCAUCGGACGACUUAAUUUUUUUUUUAAUAAGCGUUUUUAAAUUAAAUUUAUCGAAAAUCGCAAACAUAAUUACGACAAUUCAAAUUAUGUAUUACGAACUGCGCUCGGAAUCGUCUUUCGUCAAGUAAUGAUUUAUCGUUACUUACUGAUAUAAAUGAAAUAACCUUAUUUAUCCUACUUUUCCAACUUUUCACCUAUAACAGUGGCCACUACCAUCCCCAGUAUCAGUUUUUUUUUUAUUUUUCAUUACCUUACAAUCAUUUUCAGUUUUUAUAAAGGACCUGAUUUUAUUAAUAUAAGUUUAUAUUUUUUUUUUUUUUUUUUUUUUUUUAGAGGGGGUAAUUAUGAAGGUAAACGUGUGUAGAUACAAAGGAACACUGAGGUGUGGAUCGGUAUUAUAGGUCCUAUAAUGUGCGUUACUCUAAAUUUCGUUAAACGCCAUUUAAAAUAACGUUAUUCGCAGGUAAUUAUAGCUACGAACCGUUUACAGAAAUAAUUAUCAUUAUACACUGGAUUAGAUAUUGAACAAAGACAUAGUCACACAGGGUAAUAAUUAUCGUUACAAACCAGAUAUUCCCAAACGGUAUAAAUUGAAACAUGAUGUAGAUAUGUCUUUUAAAAUGUAUACCGAAUACAGUUUUUUUUUUUAUUAUUAAAAUGGUCUUACAAGGCGUUCUUUUCCAUUUAUUAUUCUUUAUAUUUUUGAUGUUUUGACUUGUUCAAUAAUAUCACCAUAAUCCUUAAUCGUUAAAAAUCGUUAUCUCAACAUUUUAUUUUAUUUUAUUUUCAUUAAAAGUUCUACGAACAGUAUUUAUGUCAAUAAUUUGAAUUAUAAAGAAAUACAAGAUGCCAGUUGUACACAUAUUAAGUAUAAACGAUAAUCAACUAUAUUGUUUUAAUAUAUUCGGUUGCAUGAACCUGCAUGUACCUUAUUUGUACCCGAAAAUGUAUUAUUUGAAAUGUGCAGAAUUUUAGCGGUUACCAUAGUACUAUAUACCAAUAAUAUUGAUAUGAAUAUUUUCGUAAUUAGUGGGUUUCUCUGAUUCUGUCUCGUUCAGUUAUUUUUAAAUCACAGACAAACAGUAUACAAUUCAAAAUAAAUUUAUAAACACCUAACCCCGUAUGUCAACAUUUCUCAUUUUAUACAGUUUUAAUUAUUAUUACUAACGCGAUUUAUUAAAAAAUCCCGAUAAUUGUAAUAUAACGUAUAAAGUUGAAAUACACUCAAAAGUUUACAUGUUUAAUCGUUGCCUUUCUCUUUCUUUUUUUUUUAGUUUUUAAGAUUUUUUUUUUUUGUUGCAAUAAUAACGGUUAUCAAAACAAUAUUCGAUUUACUACUUCUUUGUAUUUAUAUAGAUACAGCUUAUCUAUAUCUAAAUUAAAACAUAUUUUACAAAUAUUAUUAUGUCACUGGGAAAUCAUAUUUUAAUAAAUUCGUUAUUGAUGAACGGUUUUUUUUUUUUUUUUUUAAACGUCUGGUUAUUUUCAACGUGUUCAUUAAAUAUCAAUAAUCACUGGAAGAACAGGUACGAAAUAAUAUUAUUUUGUGCGUUUACAACAUAACCGUGUCAUUUUAGAUUUAUUUGAAUCCCAACCUUGAAUUAUUUCGAUAAAUUAUUAUUUGUUUUAUUCUACUCUAUGUUUUAUAAUUGAACGACUUUCUAUUUAUAGGUAGUAAAAGAUUUGCAUAAACUGAUUCGAAACGUUGCUACGAAUAAUACUUAAGCACAUUCUAUAUUGUGUAUAUUUUGUGUCUAUUUAUUUUAUACAAAAGUAUAAAGCGUCGGUCACGUGAAACAAAUUACAAAAUUAAUUUCGUAUUGAUAGUUUCGUUUUCUUUUUUAUCUUAUUUUUAUAUUCAACAUUUUAGUCCAAAAGUUUAUACGACUUUCAUCAACAAAAAUAAUGGAAUUUUUUUUUUUUUUUUAAUAUUCGAGGAACGUGACUGACGUCACUAAGAGCAAAAAAAAAUGAAAAUAGACGCACAAAAAUUAUAAUACAACUUGGCACGCAGAAAAGCAGUAAUUUUUAAUUUGUAUUAUAUUAAUACACAUUAAUGGAUUGAAUAUAAACAUAGCAACGAAGAAUAGCUCAUAAGAACAUACGUCUGGAGUGUAGCAUUAUAUGGAAGCGAGAUGUGAACAGUUAAUAAAAAAGAGAAAGAUAUGUUGAAAGCUCUGGUUGUGUUGGAAAAGAUGUAGAGAAUAAGCUGGACUGAGAGAAUAUCGAAUGAAGACGUCUUGAGGAAAAUAGAUAAAAAACGAACAUUGAUUGACAUUAUAAGGAAAAGGAGAUGGCAGUUGAUAGGACACACGUUGAGGCAUGGGGAUGCACUGCAUAGUUUAAUAAUUGAAGGAAUGAUAGAAGGAACAAGAUCAAGAGGAAGACCCAGGACGAAAUACAUUAGCCAUGUAAUAAAGGAUGCAGGAGUCACUUCUUACAGGUAUCUCAAGAAUAUGGCGCAUGAUAGAGAAAAAUUUAGAAGUAAUCUAUUGUAAAAAUUUGUUAAAAACAAAUUUCGGAUUAAUAAAACGAAAAAAAAAAAAUGUUUAUAUCACUCUUUUUCUACGAGAACAUAGGUAUAGUAGAGUUAAAAAUGUCUUCAGUUGUAUCCGAAUCAUUAUCGAGUCAUUUCUACGUUUCUAUUUUUAUUACAUUUGACAUGAAAAUCAUUAUGAAUAAUAUAGUUCCAUGCUUAUUACAUUAUACGACCGGCAUACGAAAUGUGAAUUAUCGGGAAAUUUUGAAGGUAUUGAACGUUUCUGAUAAGACGGUUAAAAAACGUAGUGGUGAAAUUCGUAAAUUUUUCCGAAGCAGAUUUCGUUUCGAGUUGAACAUUACGUCCGAAAGUCCGCGAUAGGUAAAAAAAAUCCGAUAAACCGUAAAAUAUAUUCACGCGAGUUUGAUCGAAAAAUCCGUAUAGAAACAGCUUAAUGUGUUGUUUAAAACUGCUACGGCUUUCACUUAUAAUGAAAAAUGUUCUUUCCAAUUUAUCAAUAAUUCCACGCGUUCAAACAUAAUAAACAUUAUAUACAUAUAUAUAUAUAUUGAGCGUCUCACAAUGAUUUAUUAUUAUGGUGGUAGAAGUAAUUUAACAACCGUUCUCAAUUUAACCGAACAAAUAAUAGUAAAUUAUCGAAUCUAUAUAAUAUUUCAGUUUAAUAGGUGUACAUUAUAUGGCGAUCGACAUGUUAAAUUUUAAUUAAUAUAGUCUUAAUAUUAUCAAUAUAUUAACAUUGAAGCGAGGCGUUGAUAUUGAAUUUCGAGAGCAGUUAGUAACGUAUUGAUUUUACUACGAUGUGGGUCUUGAAUUUGUGUCAAUGAAACAUUUUUUCCCCAGAAAUUUUGCUCCAAUCGUAAAACGAUAAGAAAAAUGUUUUUGUAGAAUUUUGAAUAUAACUGGUGCAUUUGUGUCUUUUUUUUUAUAUAACCAUCUUAAGUUCAAAUUUUGACAAAUAUCGUAACAUUUUUAGCUGAACUUCGCGCAGAAUCGUAUUUCGUUAGCAAUAAUUUAUCGUUGCGUGCAGACAUAAAAAAAAUAAUUUUAUGUUUUCUACCUUUCAAACUUCCUAUCUACAAUAGUGGCACACCCUCGUGGGAUAUUGUGGAAUAUCAGCUUUAUUUUUUUUUAAUUUUCAUCCAUAUCACGUUCACUUGUAUACUGAAAAAACUUUUUAUGGAUAGAACAUAAAUCGUACUAUCAAAAGGUAGUGUAGUUACUAAAAAAAAAAAAAAUAAAAUAUGAGAUUUUGAGUUACACCACUUUUCUUAUGGUAAAAAUGCAGUUAAUUAUGGUACACUAUACUGUAUUUUCUUGUAUUAAUAAAAUUGAAUAAGUUGAACGAAAAACCAUGGUUAGGUCUUGGGUGGGUGUCCAUAACAUAAUUUUCAGGGGAGUAAAAAAGUAGAAUUUGAUAUCCAAACGCACGUUAAAGACUAUAAAUAGGUAUAUCAUAUAUCUAUAAAUAGAUACAUGGGUAAUAUACAUAACCUGUAAAAUACUUUUGUUAUAGAAGUUUAAUUAGUAAAGAAUGAAAUAUUUAUCCAGGUUUGCUUCAUAUAUUGCACGGUAAGGCUUAAUAAAAAUAAUUCUUUGUAUGUUUUAAUAAUUUUUAGUGGAGACAUGUUUCGCACUUGCCCUAACAUGUAGUUGUAAAUGCAAUAGUGUAUUAACUCAAAAAAACUAUGUACAUAUAUGAACAAUAUAAUUAUUACAUUUUGAAGGGAAAUAAUAGGUUCCUCUAAUUCAGUAGCUUGUUAUCUUAAAAUAAUAUAUAUUGCAUUUCAAUUAAUUUAAAUAGUUUGUGUGUUAGUCUACUAAACUAGUAUAUUAACCAAAGCGAAUUAAAUUAAAUUUGUUUAUGAAAUAAUUAAUUUUUUGCUUAAUUUUUUGUGUAGUUUAAAUAAUAAAAUUACAAAAUUAUGUUUAUAAACUAUAGAAAUCCAAAAUAAUAAUAUGAUAGAUAAACUAAUUUUUGUUUUAAAGGUGUUUAAAAAUUCGUGAGUCCUUGAACUAGCUUUUCUCAAAACAUGGUUUUUUGAGUUACUAUACUACCAUUAUAAAAGUGCGAAAUGAUAACAAUACAUUAUAAGUUGUUAAUGAAUUUAAACGUUAUAUAUUUCAGUGUAGUCAUUUAAUAUGGUCUUGGCUAAUACGAUUGGCUGCGUCCAAGUUAAGUAAACGACUCUGCAAAGGGUAUUUACGAAUUUAAAAAUUUCCGCCCACGUAUUUUUGUUCGGCAAAAUUUAAUUUAAACCCCCAGGAAUAACUUUUUCGUUUCAAAAAUUAAAUUUAAAAUAAAAACUAAUUUUUCUUAUAACCGAAACGAGUAAAAUAUAAUCAAAUAACUUUCACGCAGUGAAAUGUUAAGAAAUUAAUUUGAAAAAAAAAUAACAAAAAACGGAUUGUAAUUUAAACAAACAAAAAAUAACAUUAUGAAAUAUGGAUAUUAAAAAAAAAAAAAAACAAAUAUAAAAAGACGGACAUACUUUGCACAAUGGGUGAGCCACUGUUAUAGGGUGAUAAGUUGGAAAGAUAAGAUAUAGAACGGAAUUUUAUGUAUUUUUGUAUGCACCGAUUAAUCAUUGUUAACGAAAAACGAUUGUUUGGAACCGAAAUGGAACCAAUAAUUUUAGUAAAGUAAAUACGCCAUAAUAUAUUUUUAGGAAAGCUUUAUUAAUAUUUAUACAAUAAGUAGUUUUUUCAAACCAUUUUUGAAAAAAAACUGUAUCAAACAUAAUUCAGAUGUUUCUUUUCUUUAUUUUUUUAACUAGAUAAUAAACUAUAAUAUAUAACGUCCAUAUUAAAAAAAAAAAAAAUGUAUAAUUUAACGUAAUAAAAAUUACCGUACCGGGAGUAAUUUAUUUAUACUAUAUUGUAUUUUGUGUCAUAUAAUAUAUAAUUUCUACACUAUUUUACUUUGAAAAAAAAAAAUACCCGUACUAUUUUUUAGAAUUUGAACAAUUCAAAAAAUAGAAAAUAAACACAAAAUAUGGGUAAAACCUUUACUGUAAAUAAACGUUUCAAAUGCAUAAUGGAAAUAGUGAAAUCAUUAGUCGGUGGAUUUUGGUGGCGUUUUUACGAUGUCCUUUGCCAUCAACAAUAAAUUACCGAUCAGAAAAAUUGUUUUUUUAGCGCUGUAGAGAAAUAACAAUGCAUAAAAAAAGUAAUAAAAAAUUAUUGCGCGUUUUAACGUAUACAGAUACAUACAUUAGAUUGUCAGUUUAGUGAAUAACGACAACACAAGUGCUUAUAAAAAUAACCUAUAUUAAAACAUUACCGUGUUAGCAAACAUGUUAACAUUGCGGGGUUCGUAACGAAUUUGUGCACUAGUGUAGGUACUCGUUUGAUAAAUUUGAUAUGAAUAAAGUAAACGAAGAAAACUUUUAUACAAAAAAAAGAAAAAUUAUUAUAUUAAUUAAGUAUCUUGUUCGUUUUAGUGCAUAUAGGUGUCAAAUGUUUCGUGAUAACUCUUAGAGAACUAAAUAAAGAGCAUACGCGAUUAGGAAACGGUGAAUUUGAAGUGGAAUCCACCGUGUGCAAUAUGCAUUUUAUUCGCGGCUGACACAAUAUAAUCAAUCUACACCCACGUAAAACAUUACAAUGUGUAUAGGUAAAGAUAUUGUCACGAGGACUGAAAUUAUAUAAACAAAUCAAAAUGCAUAUCAUUUGAUAUAAUAACUAAGGAAACAUAAUGUCUAGGGAAUCUUAUUCCGCAAAUAGCUGCUGCGUUAAGAAAAUAUAGGAAAAUAAUGGAACUCACGCUACAUGUUUCAUCAUUACAAGUGUAUUACAGAUGCUAUGUUACUUAAGUUUAUGUUUUCAUCCAACGCGUAAUAAGAAAACACAAUUAUUGUCAUCUAACCAAUCUUGAAGCUAAUCGAAUUUUCAUUUGUGGGCGUUCCUGUGCAUGUUGGUAUAUUUUAAGUAGAAUUUUUUCUGGAUUUUCGUAUAGAGAUAUACACAGAGUACAUCUCGUUCUUGUAUGGUUUAUUAUCCAAAAUAAAGUCAGUAGAUAUUAGAGAAAUAUUUUUAAAUAUGAUAAUAGCGCGUUGUAUGGCUCAAAAACAUACCUUACGGAAAAAACUCUCAUUACUUGUAGAGUGGUUCAGUGGUUUGAUUUCAAUGACUAUUAUUUAUUUGAAAGAAAAAGUUUUCUUAAAACUCUUAAAAUUCAAAAACCUAAUUAAAUUAAUUUUCAAAUUUACUAUUUAUGUUAUAUUAAGAUAUAAUACACAAUAAUCACUGAAUAAAUUUACUAUUGAAACAGUAAAUAUUAUUUACUAGUUGUCCCGCAUGGCAUUGCUCAUGCACAUUAUUGAAUGAAAAAUAAUUAUAACGUAACUGCCAUGUUUUCCUGCAAAAUUCUGAUCUCUUUGUAAAAUCUGUGUAACUUCACUAUCAGAUUUUUCUGGGUAAUGCUUUGAAAAUGUCUUUGUAUGUUCUACUUAAUACAUUUUCGUUUAAUUAAAUAGCGUACAUAUAGUAUAGGAAUUUUACAUACAAGCCAAGAAUAUUAUUUUACUCGAAUUACUGUAAUUUUAUUUAACUCAUACAUUUUUAAUUUUUUUUUUUUAUUAUUAUAGAACUACAAAACUUCUAAACAUAUUACUAAAUUUUUAGAUAGGUUAUCAGUAGAAAUUAAUAUUAUUUGAUAUUUAAGGUUUUUAGUCUGGCAAGUCCAACGUUUAAUUGGCUAUAAGAAAAAUACUCUGAACGUAGAUCAAAAAUAGUUAAACUCCCUUGUAAUUUAUUAAUUAUGAUAGUAAAUGAAACUCUUAAAGAGAAUUGGAAACUUUAAAGUUAAAUGGUAAUUCUGUUGUGAUCACUGGGAUUCGAAGUACACUCAAAUAAUAUUUAAAUCAUCAAUUUUCGGGUAGUAAUAAAAAGCAUAGUUAAGACCUAUUCGAUUUGUCAAAUAGCAAGAUCGAUGUGGCGUAUACGAUUUACUUAAUGUCUUUGUAAACGGUCUGGCAUCUCUUCUCAAUACCUUCCUUCAAACAUCCGAUUAGUUUGGGAAAUUCAUUUUCCUAUGCGUGCACUUGCCGCUCUAGACAUUAUGAUAAGCAGUAUCAUCAACGAUUUAGUUUAUUAUGCUAUUUGACAUUACUAUGUUUUGUGGGACUCUAAUUCUCUUACGGAAACGGUUUUCGGGUAGUUGCGUGUUAUUCAAUUGACUGAUUCCUGUUUCGGUUAAAAUAAUAUUGGCCGUUUCCGUCAAAGCCCUUUUCCACCAAAAAUAAAAAAAAUGUAUAAUUCCCGUUUUCGCUAAAAAAAAUUUGGAAACCAAUGAUUUUAAUUUUUAUUGACAUAACGUAUAACAUCCAGUUUAAUCUAGUUUAAUGUAGCCUUUUGUAAUGAUUUAAUAUGAUUUAAUCGAUAAUUUAAUAAUAAUAUUAAAAAUAUUAAAGAUAUUAAAAAUUACUUAAGAAGUAAUUAUAAAAGAAAAUCUAAUGAAAUUUGUAGGUACUUUUUUGUGAAGAUGGUUUCAUUUAAUUAUGUGAUUUAUUUUAAACUUUCACUACAUAUAUUAAUUAUAAUUAUUAGCUGUAACGACUUAUAUUAUUAUUACUAUACCUAACUAUGUAUUAUUAUUACUCGUAUAAGGUAUUAUUUUACUAUGGCUUUUUGAAUAUUGAAUAUUAUGUGAUUUUUUUUUAAAACUAAUUUAAUUGUAUUACCAUUAUCAUAUUGAUUAUAACGUAUUAUAUUAAUAUCACUAAAAGGUAAUACUUAAGGUAUAUGAUUUCCAAACAACAUUUGACGGAAACGUUUCUUUAUAAAAUAGAUUUUGGCGAAAACGGGAACUAUAUCAUUUUAGUGUUCUGCGGGAAAAGAUAAAUGUAAAUAUUAGGAACCAGUUCUUUCGCGGAGUAGGGCUAUGCCCAUAAAAUUAUUCGGAACGCAUGUUCCAAAUGAGUUUUAAACUAACUAUUCAAUAUUUAUUUAUUUAUUUAUUUAUUUGUUGUUGUUGGCUAUGAGUCUAUAACUAUUACAGUAACGUAUUUAUAGUGCGUGACGGUAUUUUUGAGUGUAUUUAAAUAGUGAUACUAAUGUUUUUUAAAUUUUUUUUUCGUUUUAAAAUUAAAAAAAUUAAAUUGUUUGUGACUUAUAACCACCAUAGUAACGUAAGGAAACUACAGAAAAAAAAAUUUUAAAAUUCUUGUUUUUCCAAAUUAAAUUUGCAUUCACACAUCUACAUCUAUACAUUUUAAGCAUGUUCAAAAAAAAAAUAUAUUAGAUGUAUUCUCAUACCCUUGAAUCCCACGCUAAUAACGCCACUGGUGGUCGUCACAAUUUUUACAAGAAUUUCAAAAAGUAUUUCAAGUGCAAAUCGUUUAAACCACGGCAUUUCGAAACGUGUUUAAUCGAACUUCACUCAGAAUCGUAUUUCGUCGCGAAUAUAUAUAAAUUAUAAAUAACUCUGUGACGUAUUCUGUAAACUUCCCGUUUUCGACAGUGGCACGCUGUUCAGCAGUAACAAAUUUGUUUUUUCUACAGGAAACCCACGCGCGGAGAAAUGAAAACAAAAUAUUAUUCUGAUAAAUGUUUAACGAGGUUUUAUCAUAAAAAAAAAAAAACCUAUUUUUCGCCUCCGUGGUCGUCUUUUCACCUACACCGAGUUUGGCGUCCCUACCGUCGCGGUUUUAUCACACUUGUUGCUCUCUGGUCCGGGCAAUACCGCGUUACACGCAGUCACACGCUAAAUGCCGCCGCCGCCGACGCUACCGUUAUGAUAUUCCGCCAUGCCUCGAAGUUCGUCGGUGUGUGCUUUAACGUCGUCACGGAUCGUCUACGGCCGUGGUGGUUUUUAUUUUUAUUUUUAUUAUUAUUAUUAUUUUUUUUUUUUUUUACCACGGCGGCAGUGCGACGAACAGAAAUAAUUCAAUUUACUUAAAAAAAUAAAAUAAACUCGCGGACGUAUAAUAGUAGAUACCUAAGUAUAUAAAUAUACAUUUAUAGACGACUAUAACGAUAAAAAAAAUAAAAUAAAAUAAUAAUAAUAACAGUCGCAAUAGUAAUAUUAAUAAUAAUAACAAUAACGACUGCCGCCUCGGUGAGGGACAAAAUGUUAUUAUAAACCGUGUAAGUACACGUACGGAAACGGCAUGGCGGCAAGCCGAAGGGCGACCGAUCGAAUCGAGUCUGGGCAGUGUCUACCACAACAAGUGAUUAUGUCACUAACGUAUUAUACGCAGUACGGUACAUAUAAAUACUUAUAAAUUAUAAAAACGCGAUGAAACAUUACGCACCGUAUGAAAUACGAAAAGUAACGAUGGCAACGUUAUAGUGCCGGUGUUGGGAUAUUAUUAUCUUGAAAAUAUCGUCUAAAAGAUAAUCUAUCGACAUACUAUCUUCUAUACUGAUUUAACUAAAAUAUAUUAACUGUAUCUUCGUAUUUAUUUUUAGUAAAUGCGCAAAUAAUAAUAUUUACUAUGUAAUAAUAUGUACACUAUACACUAUUCAUCAUUAUUUCUCAAAUAUGUUUUAAUCACGCAAUAACCUUGGUCAUUCAUAAAUAAUAUUAUGUUUUGUACCAACUAAAAAACAUUAAUUUUUCAUAUUUAAUAAUAUAUUUGAAAUCCGAAAUACCUACUAUUUACACCUACCCUAUUUAAGUACAAUUUUUAUGAAUUAUCUUAAGGCUAUUGGAAGUGAUUCGACGUUUCAUAUAUUUAAACCAAUCAUUUGGAGAAAAAUAAACUUACGUCCAGUAAUCCAUUUUCUCUUUUGAGACACGAUUUGACUUCGUACUUUUUUUUUUAUGGUUAGUAGGAAAAAUAAAUAUACUUUUUUUCUUGCGACACUCAUAAUAAUAAAAAUAAAAACGAAUAAAUAUCUGUUAAAAUCAUAGAUAAGAAACCAAAGAAUAUAAAUAUAGUUUCAAAAUUAAAAUUGGCCGAGCACGGUAGUGGGUGAAUUUUACUACAGCUUAUUGAUUUAAAAUGUCUCCGGUGAAAACGGUUUUAUCUCUCACCUCAAAUGGGUAUCAGGUAGUAAAUUAGUGAAAAAGUCUAAUCAUCAAAGCGGUCAUUAAAAAGUAUAAAAUUUACGAAAUUGGAGAAAACGUGGAAAACCGUUUCCAAACUCCGUAAUAACGGAAACUUGCGUAUUUCACAUUUAUCUUGGAUAAAUCUUUAGUCAUUAUUUCAGUUGUUCAAUUUUAAUUUUAUCCAGAUAAAAUAUAUUGGCUACAUCUUUUCCGAUACACUGAACAAUACCUUAUAUAGCUAGGUAACUGUAGUGCCUGUAGUAUACCCGAUUGUUUCUAUAGACUAAGUCGCGAUUUGUGGUGGUGGUCGUCGUCGUUGUUUCAUUGCAAUCAUACAUUCAUAUACAUACACGCAAACGCACGCACAAACACACGCACACGCUUACACACACAUAAUAUAUUCAGAUGUGUAAAUCUAUCCAUAUAUACAUAUAUAUAUAUAUACGAGUGGCGGUGGCGGUUUAUAAUAUAAAACGACUAUGAGCCGGAGCAGCGAAUCGAUAUUUUAUAGUCGUGGAGGGGGGGCAGUGUAUAACUAUUCAGGCGGGCGAACGGGAAAAACUUGCUUUCGGUUCGUUCCCGGCAAGUAUACGGGUGGAGGCGGUCGCGGGUGUGUGACGGCAGCAGUAACUCUUGCGCCGCCUCGCGUAGUCAGUGGUGUUCUUUGGGCUGUUUUACAGUAAGUUGUUAUACCGCCUCCUUCGCCGCCGUCGACGUUUGGUUUCCGAACGAGCAGCGCGAAAAUAAGACUCGGAGAAAAAAUAAUAUUAUAAUAUUAUAUCAUAGGAAAAGGAAAAAAAAAAAAAACGAAAUGAAACAAAAGGACGACCAAAGAUGAAGACGGGCAGUAGUGUUGUAUAACAGUCGUGGUGUAUACAUACAACGACAACUGUGAACGGUAUAAGUGCACCGCGCCAACAGGCGGAAACAGAGUGUAGUGGCGGGGAGAGGAAGUGUUUCAAAAGACCACCGCCGCCGCCACCGUCGCCGCCCGGAUAUAAUUUUUUCUAUCGUUUCCUUUGUUUUUCGUUGCGCUUCGUUUCGUGUUUUUUCCCCCUACGAUUUUCUGGCAAAAAUAAUACCCUUGAAAUUUAUCACGUUUCGAGAACAAACGCGUAUAAAAUGUUCGACGGCCAAAUGUUACUGUAGUAUUAUUAUGCAUGCGCCUCGGAUACUAUAAUGCCGCGAGAAUUGUAAACGACACCGAAUAAAUCCAACGAUAAACCGCUACUUGACGCUCUCUAGUAUAUAUUAUACCGCAAUGUUAGAAUGUUAAUGUUGUAAUAUUGUAAAAUAUUCAAACCUAAAUAUUUGAGUUAUUUAAAAUUCAUCGUUUACCACCUCGGAUUUAUAUUAUACUCGUUAAAGUUCGCGAUAACUUACCACCAAAAAUAUAGUCUGAUAUAAAUGUCACCAAUGCACCGUGAUGAUGCAAGUUUUACCUUUUUCUCUAAAAAAAAACUAAAGAUCAAAAUACAAUACGAUAACGUACCUAAACAAUUUUAUGUAGGAAUCAUAAGAUUUUACGAGAAAAGGUGAAUUUACGUAUUAACGAAUUUCAGUGGAUGCUUAUUACUUAAAAAGUUUUCAGGUGGUAUUCGAUUUCGGCCUACUAAUAAAAAUUGUCGAUCUGUGGAAAAUUGUAAAUAAUAUGUUUAUCGACAAUAAUGACAUCUUUUCUGAAAAAAAAUUUGAUCUGGUUGGUGCAAUGAGCAGGACAGUUUUUUGUUAUUCAAAGGAUUUUCAUAAAAAUAGAAUAUGGAAAACCCGGAAUGAAAAUUAUUAUGAAAGUGCCAAAUAAUACCCCAUGCUGAGACCUUUCUUGUUGUAUUUUUAAUCUUGUUGAUGAGUAUGUAAGUCGUUUCAUUUUCUUUGUAGUUUUGUUAAUAACUGAGCAAAGCCGAAAAAAACGUGGAAAAAACAGGAAAUUUGACACAAAUAAUAUUUUAAUUAUUUUUUAUUUUAUUUUUUGUUGUAACUCUGUUAAAAAUAUUCGAAGAGACUUGAGAUUUUGAUUAGAACUUAUAUUUUGCUUUUUCUAGACGUGGUAAAAUUGUUGAGCUAUUUGUAGACUAUUUUAAUUUUAUGGAUUCUAUACGUAAUUUUUAUUUGUUAUAUACUCUGUACAUUAAAUUAUUAGACUGAACAAAAAUGCUUGAAAAUUUAAUAGGAGGUUCAUUAUAAGUCGUACCCAGUGGUCAAAAAAAGAAUUGAGUGUAGUGUAGUUUUUUUUUUAUCAUUCAUUCAGCUUCUAGAGGCUAAGGCUUGUCGUUGUCAUUCAUAUCUGUCACAUGCUAUCCUCUUGAGUUGUCAGUAAGAGGUAAAACCCAUCUAACGGAAGAUUUCUUCAUUGAAGGAUUUACACGGUCUUAUUUACGAUUUAUUUUCUAUUCCACGAUGAUGGUGAUGAACUUAUUGUGUGUUUCUUAACAGAUGACCUAACAGAUUUAUUUACUUUUUCAUUAUUGUGUUCAUAAAUGAAUUGUUCUUCUCUCAUCAACUUAUGUUCUAUCCAGUUUGUUCCUAUCAUUUUCCUCAAUAUCUACAUCUCCAUCACUUAUAGUCUAUCUCUUUCAUACUUUCCUAUCGUCUACGUUUCACAAACAUAAUAUGAUAAAAUACUCCAAAUGUAAAUUUUAUGAAUUUCCUCCUAAAAAUUUAACUAAUUUAUCUUUUUUAAAAAAUGUCCUUUUUUCUCAUUUGCUUGUUUUGCUUGAUUCUUUUUUUUUUAAGUAAGAGUUAAUUUCAAUUUUUUAUUAUUUUUUUUUUAAAUUACUUACAAGGGGAGGAUCUGUGUUAGCAUUUCCUAAGAUUACCUAACUACAUACAAACUUUCAUGAGAAACUAAAACAAACAAGCCGAUUAAAUAAAUUUAAAUCAGUUUAAAUUCGAUGCGAAUUCGUGUAAGGUUUUUCCAGUCAAGAUACCUAUAAGUGCACAAUCGUAUGGUGUCCAAAUUUAACAUGGAAAAUUUGUCGUUAAAGAAAAAUAAAUUAUAAACUUGAGAUAUGAUUAAAACUUCCGGAUUGAUGACAAAAUAGGUAUGUCUGAUCUAGUGUGUUAAAUUUUAUCGAAUAACAUUCUUUAGUUAUCACUUAUCACUUAAAUCAGUGGUUCCCCACCUUUUUUUAUGGUAUGUUCCCUUUAUAUAUUUUCAAAACUCUCGACCUCUUCCCCUGAUAAACAAACAAAUCUUUACAACCAAUCUUUAUAAAAAAUUAAAAAAUUUUGGGCAACUGUCACUUCCUAAAUAUAGCCAUAUUCGUAAUCUUUAUCGAUAACCGAUCAUUAAAAAUUUUUGAUUUUUCCCUGCAUUGUAAAAUAAAAAUAAUUUAAUGAAUACAAAUCUCAUAAAUUGCUUGUGCCUCCCCAGCAAUGUGUUCUUGCCACCCCAGGGAGGCGUGCCCCUAUUUUGAGAAACACUGACUUAAAUCGUAUAAUAGUUCCUAGGACGCUUCGUAUUGGGAGGGACUCUCCCUUAUAUCUACGCUAUUUAAUUUUAAACUUUUGAAUGUCAGUGGGAAUAUUUUCUAUAGUUUUAAACCACAGUUAUUUAGAUAUUUAAUAAUGAUGUAUAGAUACGUCAUAAUAUAUACUCGUGUCAUUUGCACGGAAACGGCCUGGUAUGUUUUACAAAUACCGUGUCAUACACUUGGAUCAACAUGGAUUUAUAUCUGCUUACAUACUCAUAGUGUAUAACAUGAUAUUAUAUACGUAUAUGUGUUUCACGUGUAAUAUAGCAGCCAAUUAUAAUUAAUUUCAAAUGAUCCAUCAUAAUAAUGCCUGUCACAAGUUUAAUACAUUUUCCGCGUAGAAAUGCUGUUUAAAACUCGAAGAUGCUUUUAAACUAUAUAAUGGUAUAGAUACUACAAAGUCACUAUAUUAUAUAUUUUUUCCAUUGAAAAAUCUAUUAAGGAAAAUCGAAAUAUCUUAAAACUAUUUUAAAUCAUUUAAAUAGUCUUAAAUUAUUUAAUUCUUCUACCGCUCCCCUCUAAAUUCAUGCGGUCAGUUACUUGUAAUAUGCGGUAUGCGGUAACAUGCAUCUUGAUCUCAAACAAUCUUGAUACCAAACUGUAAAUUAUAUAUAUAUAUAUAUAUAUAUAUAUAUAUAUAAAAACAUAACUACACGCCCAAAAAUAAUUCUACUUAAAGAAAAAAUAAUUUUCUUUGGCGUGAUCUUUUCUAUGCACCUUUGUUAAAAUACUCCAUCUGCUAAUUACAAUUAGUAGCGUACCCAGAAUUUUCCAAUAAGAGGGACUCAACAUAUUAAUUGAAAUGUAUAAAUAAUAACAUACAAGUAAAAUAUAUCUGCAUUUAUAAAACAAAAAAUUGUUUUGAGGUAAUUUUCCAAAAUACAUAAUCGUGUAAUAUAAUUAUUAUAUACUUGAUAUAGUGAAGUAAGUAUAGGUAGUGCAAAUGUGCAAUUUGCAACAAUUGUUAUUUUAUUAGGAAUAAGUUUUCUCUACUGAAUAGUUUAUAGGUAUUGUUUUUUUGUAUUUUAUUAUAGCUAAUGGGGUGGAGAUAAAGUCCGUUUAGCUCCCUGUCUACUUCACUGCUCUUAAUUUACGAUUAAGUGCAAUAAUAAUUAUAUUAAGUAUUAUUAUUUCUUAUUUCAACUUUAAUAAUUCAAAAGUAAAUUAAAAAAUUUGAUUUUGUUUCAAAAAUUGUUUAUUUUACUUUUAGAUUAUUUAUGAGUGAAGUGAAAAAUGUCACUAUGUUUUACGAUGUUUUUUAUUUAUGUAUCUAAACAAAUUGUCUGCCAGAAAUCUUGUUCCAAUCAUCCACUUCAGAAGUAGUUUCUGUUAGCAUUUUUUUUUAUUUCUUUAAUGAUGUCAUUUUCCUUGUAGUUGUCUUAAUAAUCGAGAAAAACCAGGAAAAAAGUGUAGGUUAUAUAUCAAAGAUUUCUAUAUUUUCAAUUGUAUUUUAUUUUUUUGGAAUUUUGUUAAAUUUAAUUCUAGAGUCCCACAAUUUUCAAUGAAUACAUUCAUUACUUCUCUCUAGACAGUUUUCUAAACAUUGCGUUAUUUAUAGGUGUUUGAAAUGUGUAUUUACUAUUAAUAUAAGUCCAUUUUUGUAUAAAUAUGUAUCUUUUACUUCAUUAUCAUAUAAACUAUCCUAAUACAAAUUAUAUUUAUUUAAAGUAAUACGCUACUUUUUUUUAUGGUUUUUGGCAGCAAUAAAUAAUAUAGACGAGAAAUAUACUGAAAAAUAUUAAUUAAACACAGAAAAGACUUCGAAAAACUGGCAUAUUUCAAAUUAUUUAAUUUAAAUAUGCCGAAAAACUAAUAAAAUGGGGUAGUGACGUAAUCUGAGCUAGGAGGGUGAUCUUUAAUUAAACAUUUUAUAGAAGAAAAAACUAAACAAAUUUACAAGCCAAAGCUUAUUUUCAAGAAUAGGAAGGAGUUGCCCAGCUCAAAAUUGAACAAUUAUCACGUUUAAAUAUUAUAAUGCAAUAUAAAUAUACCAGGUAACUAGUCACCUUUUCAUGUAUAUACCAGUCCACCUUAAAACAGUGGUCUACGGUAGGAUAUAUGUAUAGUUAUCCCCUUUUUUGUUUUAAAAUUAUAAACACAUAGUUUUGUAAACUGUUCUUUAUUAUUUUAAUUUUUAAUUUUAAAAAACGUUUAUGAAUACAUUUGAUUAGAAAUAUAUUUUUAAAUACGUACGUUAAUAAUCAUGUUUUACAUUAUUCAGUAAAACAUACCUACUUCUAUCGGGCAACAUAUACCCCAGUGACACGUCGUACAAUAUAGUAACCUAUCCACCUUUCUACAAGUCCAUCUCUAUUAGUCUUUUUUAAUUUUUUUCAGUGUAUUAAAUAAUGAUUUUAAAUAAAACGAAAUGACGCCGCAAUAAACACGAUUCUACAUUAAUUACAACGAAUUUGUCUCGAAAUAAUAAUAUAUAUUAAUUUAAAACCCUGACGUAGGUAUUUAUGGAGAUUAAUUCAAUAAUCCCGUACUGCUAUUAAAUUUUAACACGACUUUUGUAAACUUUAGUUGUACUUGGUUUCCCCGGAAAUAGUUUUGGGUCCGUUUAUUUACCUGGAGUAAACAUCAUAUUUUCUUGAACGCGAUGGCUAUCAAAUUAUUUAAGUGGUUUAUAUUACAGCGUUAAGAGAUGGGUAUUUUCUGUUCUAUAAUGAAAAAGAGUAAUAACAGUUAUAUAUUAUAAUAUUAAAAUAUAUAAUUAUAUCGUAUUACGUUAUAUUGUGGUUAUUAAAUACCACUAAAGACGACUAAAAAUCCUAAGACCGUUAUGUAGCAAUAUUGCAUAUUCGAAACGCCGUGAUUACAUUUAUUGUUUUAUCUUAUUAUAUUUUAUAUGAGACAAUUUUAAAUAUAUUACAUCUAAAUAUUGACAUAUGUUUAGAUACUUGUAAAAUAAACUAGACACAAAUGUGAAAAUAUGAUUUUAAAGGAAUAAGUUAUUUUUAAUUGUGCUAUAAAUAUAUAUAUAUAUUAUAAUGUUUCUAGGUAGUUAUCACAACGUCGACGUUAAACCAUAUGCAGAUAAGAUCCCAGGUAAUCGGUUUGAAUGUACAGGCUAACUAUUGAUGUAAACAUAAAACCUUGUACAUAAUUGUAAUCUUUGUAAAAAUACACUAGAAAAAAAACCGUAGUUCUGUUGUGAAUAAAAUUAUUCUGAAUUAAAGCAUGCCGAUUUUUCUCGUUGUAAUUUACAUAACAUAAUACCUAUAACUAAUAUCUACUAAUCAAAUAACUAAAUGCAUUUUGAGUAUUUUGUACGAUUUGAUUUUUAUUUUUUUUAGGUUUUUGUGUGUGUAUAAACGAAAUAUUUAAUACUGAAACCCUAAUUUAUAUUCACAGGUUAUGCAAUUGAAGAUAGCUUAUAUUAUAUUAAAAAUUAUAAAUAACGACGUAAAUGGCAGUCGUUAUCAUUACCGCCAAAACGCAUCACACUAUUUAAUAGACAUUAAAUCAUAUUUUUAAAUGUGCAUUUAAUGCAUUUAAUUGUAGACAAGAGUAUUAAAGGAAAUAGUUUAAUGCGUAAGCAAAUUAAUCUUGCUAAUUUUUAGUAUUUGAAUGAAAUAAAAAUUGCACGAAAAAUAUAGUCAUCGGAAAAUUCAAAUAUCUUAGCUUUUUCUUUUUUCGAAACACUCCUUUUUAUUAAUAAAAUGGUGAUGAAAUCAUCAGAUAUAAACACAAUCUCUAAUAUUACUAUUGUAUGACAUACCUAGUUUCAACUUUAAAUUUUAUGUUUUUUACAUCAAUUUUGUGUGAAAUUUUACGCCAAUCGAAUGAUCAAACUGAUUUUAAUGAAUAUUAUGCUUUUAUUAUGACAAUUUAUUGCUAUAACACGUCAUUAUUUCAUCUAUAACGAUUUUAUUAAAAUAAUAAAAGUAAGUUUAAAAAAUAUAUAAAUAAUAAUCACAUAAACAAAACACAUAUUUUUGGUUUAUAUCCAUGAAUUAAUUUAAAAACAAAAAAAAAAAAACAAAAUUUAAUGUUCUAUGGGUCUCCAAAAAAGUAGUUAACAUUGAUUUAUGACUUUUCUCAUAAUGACCAUCCAUAUACACAUUGAACUUUGUUUAAAAUGGAAUUGUAUUUGAAGGACGAGACAAGACAAAAAAUGUACUUGUAAAAAGCAAUUAUUACUUUAUGUAACUAAAAAUUAGAAACUAUUAAAAAAUAUAUCCGUCAUGUAUCCUAAAUCGUGUUAAAAUAGCAAAUAUCAACAAUACUCGGGUUUUAUCCAUAAUUUAUACACUAUUUGAUAAAAUUUUAAUUUGAGACAUCUAUCGUAUAUUUAUUUAUGUUAAAGAACAAACGAAACGAUAGUUAAUAAAACAAAACUUACUGAUAAGCAAAUAACCAUUAAUAAUACGUAAUAAACGAAAUAAUGCAUGCAUUUAAAAAAAAAUAUAAGGUUUUUAUUUGUGAUAUUUAUUAUUUCAAUACGAUUUUAGUAUCAAAUUUUAGGAAAACAUUAACAUUUUAAAAUAGUAUGGUACCCAUGACCACAUUGCCUCAAUGAAUGGAACAGCGCAAAAUAAAAAGGCAUUUUUUCAAUAAAAGUCAUUAUUUAUUAUAUGUUUUAAUAUUCCUUGGAAGAUUCUUUAGAUAAAAGGGUUUUUAUUUAGUUAAGUAACUAUUUUUUGAAAAUAAUAUGUUCACUGUUAAAAAUUAUACAUAAAAUCUGUAUAAAAUACUCAUUACAAAUCAAUAAACUAAAAAAAGAAUGUUUCAAUGUUUAUAUAUUAAUAUUCUACAAGCUCAAAUAUCUGCAUGUAUCAAGUUUAUACAUUAUUUCUAUAAAUCGUAUUAUCAGAUAUGUUCGAUUUCUUAUUUAUGUAAUUUCAUAAACUUUUACUUUUUAUAUAAUAUAAAAAUAAUUUUAAUUUUUUGUAAACGAUUUCGUUAUGAUAAUACAUAGGUAGAAAAUUGAUAACGAACAGUAGGUAUUAUAAACAAGUAAUUUUAAAAUGCUUUUACUAAAGUGAUCUAAACAGUUGCACUCACCUAAAAAUCAUAGAGGAAAAUAAUGUAUUUUCAAAGACGUUUUUAUACCUAUUUAAAAUUAAAUAGGCCAGACCUAAUUACAUAAGUUUAAUAUGACAAUAUUUUUUGAUUAUAAAAAUGAUUAAAUAUACAUGUGAAAUAUAUAAUAUAUACUUAAUUCUAAAAAAAUUACACUACAAAACUUGCUUGAAUUCUACAAAACUAUAAAAGCGUAUUUUAGAGUUUAAACAUAUUAAAUAAAUUAUUCCGUAACAUCAAAAAAAAAAAAGAAAAGAGAGUUGAUACUGGGGAUGGAAGCGGCCACUGUUGUAGGUGAGAAAUUGAGAAGGCAGGAUACAUAAGGUUAUUUCAUUUAUAUCAGUAUUAACGAUAAACUAUUAAUUGACGAAAGACGUUUCCGAUCUCAGUUCGGUAAUACAUAAUUUGAAUUGUCGUAAUUUUGUUUGCGAUUUUCGUUUAAAUUUGAUUUCAAAACGCUUAUUGAAAAAAAUUAAGUAGUCCGAUAAUUUUAAAAAUUUUACCAUGUCUAGGUAAGUCCAGUAUAAGUAUUAUAACCAAGUUUCAAGUCUCUACGUGUAUUUAUAACCGGAUUACAGCAAAAAACUCCCAAAAAUUAAAAUCUUUAAAAGCUUAAAAGUGGCUCAAAAGUAUUUGCAAUGAUAGAAAAAAAUAAAAAUCAAAAAGGCAAAAAAUUAGGUGUCUUGUGAUUUUUCGAUUAAAUAAUUUUUUCAGAUAGAAAAUGUCAUUCGUGUUUUUAAAAAAUAAUGAAAUCGUGAAAUUGUACGUUUUUCCACGUUUUAUCCCACUAAAGUGCUUUUAUUUAAAAAAAUGGCACCGAAAAUCAAAAAAAUUACCUCUUUAAAUUACAUCUAGACAACAUAAGCUUUCAGAAAAUCGGAGCAAGUUUACUAGGAAAAAACGAAUCCACAGACUAGAAGAAAGAAAGAAAAGAAAGAAAAAAUUAACAUCUUAUUAAAACCAAUAGCUCCCUCGCUACGCUCUAAAUCUAAAAAUAUGUCCUGUAUAACUUUUAUCUUCAAUACAACAUCAUAAAUAAUGAAAACAUUCAGAUUUUUAGAAUAAAUACCCUAAUAUUAUACUAUUGAUUUUUGUUUAAUAUUUUUAAGGCAGAUAUAAAAAUAUCCAUUUUAUAUACUGGAUAAUAUUACAAAUAAUUUAUUUUUAAUUAAUAUGUUGUGAUUUAUACAAUAAAACUUAAAAUAUUUUAACCUUGUUUAAUCAACUAUUUUACUUUCUAUUAGAAUAUAUGUUUCUAAGAUAUUAUAUUAUAUAAGGCAAUGGCUAAUGUAGGUUUUGUAUGUUUGAAAAUGAUGUUUAUUCGGUAUAAAUAUAAUACGUAUUAUGGGUAGCUUAUUCAUAAAACAAGAAUUUAAAAUACAAAAAAAAAUACAAAUCCUAGUCUCGUAUCAUAUAAUAAAAUAUUAAUAACACCUCGAAGGGUUUGAAAAGAUAAACGCAUUUUGAAAAUGCUCGAAAGGAAUACAAAUAAAACAUUAAGUCCACAAAACCAAAAAAACUAUUAAAAUAUUUAUAUUCCUGCUUAUUUACAGAACCGUAAAAUAACAAACAAACAAUUAAAAUAUUUAGUUAUUACAUAUGUAUUUAUUUAUAAUAUUAUAAUAUUACACGUGUGUGAAACAAUAAAACAUCAUAUUUUAAUCUAAUAUAUAACAUAGCGGGUUACUUAUAAUUUUUAUAAUUUCUGGUUUUAUUUAUUACUUAAAUAACUUAUGGCACUUUCAUUGGAAGUAUUAAAAACGGCCGAUCGCAUCACUGAUUUACAGCACAAUACUUAAAAAUAUUUUAUUAAUAUUCGGAGUACGGACCGUACCUAAAAUAUAAAACACAUUCAGACAAAAUAUUUAAAACAUUCUUUUCUUAUACUUAUAUUAUAUAAAUGCCCACAAAAAAUUCAAGUUUAUACGUUAAUUUUAACAUAUUAUUCAAUCCGCUGAUUUAAAAAACUACUACGGUUUAUUGAAUCAUAAAAAUUGUGUACUAAAAGACGGAAAAAGAAAAAAUACCCGAGCAAGUUGAAAUAUUUUGUAACAACAAUGGUAAAUUUCCAAUAAUCUACCUUUAUAGUUAUAACAGAUGUUAUAUAAACUAAUUUUCGACAAACUAUUUAUAGCCAGCCGCAAUGUAACCCUUGAACAGGUAGUACACCUAUAGUUACACACGCGAAGUCAUUAAAUUCUUCUUUUUUUUUUUUUAUUCUUUAACCCCUAAAUACUAGUUUUUUGUCAAAUAAUAUAAAAACACGACCCACGUGAAAAGUCAUAAUUACUAUUGUCGUAAUGAACUUCACGAAAUUGUACAUUAUUAUAAAGAUAAACCGUGACCUAACCUAUAUCAAUGCACACAUGAUAUUAUGGUAAUUCAUAUGACAUAACGAGUGGACGGAAAAAGUAAUUCGAAUAUUUUAAUUUGUAAUUAUUUUACAUUAGGCAGAAGUGCACAAUUCAAAAUAUUACUCAAUGUAUACCUUUAAAAUUUAGAAAUCAUUACGGUUAUACCCUAAUGUAUUUUGCUGUUAAAAUUUGCACGUAUGUUUAUAAUUUUAUAAAAUAGGUAAGAAUUUAUUAUUAAUAUUAUGUUCCGUUUAAAUAAUUAAAUAAGUAUACAGUCCAUAAUGAAUCUUUUGCGUAUUCUACAAACAUCAUUUUAUUUAUACUGUCUUAAUCCUAUCGCGUCGUUUCAAAACAUAAGUAAAAAAUAAUCGUUAUGAAAAUUGGAAAAUUGACACAAUAAUCUAAAAAUAUGUUAACAUUUAUUUUAAGUGCAUAAAUAUAAUUUUUUUAUGGUAAAAGUUCGAUUGAGUUUUGAAAUUACAUAACGAGUCUUCUAGAGAUAAACAUAGUUAUUGAUUUCAUUGUUAUUUCCGAAAUCAGAUAAUUUUUGUUCCCAAACCAUCGUUACAUUUUAUUAAUGAGUAAAUUCGAUCGUGACAUUCUACGAAUGCAGAAAAAGCCGUAAAUACUCACACAUAAUUAGGUAUUACACAUCUGAUACAAUCUCUGUUGCAUGAUAUAUACACAUCUCGUUUGGUAGAAUGGAUUCGUGCCAUGAAUAUUGGCUCAUUUUUAGGUGAGAAAAAACAGUUGACACAAGUAACUCCAGCGUAUAUAUUACAUACGACAUUCUAAAUUUCAAUGAACGAAAUGUUAUGCAACAGCUAAACAUAUUUAUACGUAUAUUAACUACAGUGGCGAUUUUAAACAUUUUUCAUAGAGGAGUUCCAGGUAAUUUUCCAAACACAUUUACGUAAAGGUCUUUAAUUUUUUGUUUGGUUAUAAUACAAAUUAUAUAACACAGAAUAUAUUAAUGUAUAUACUAUUAAAUAUUUAGAUAUCGAUGAUUGAGGCCAAUAGAGAAUUCGUACCCCGUGGACCCCCUUCCCCGUAAAUACACCACUGAUUAACUAUACAUAUUGCUUUAAUACAAAUCAUUAUUUUUAAUAUCAGUUAUGAUAAAAAAAAAAACCGUGUAUUACCAAUAUUUUGAUUUAUCAUUUUCAAACCGUUAUUAUUUUAACUGUGUGUUGUUAAGAACAUACCUACCUAGUCAGAAACAUGAAAGAAACGUGAAAUACACAUAUUACGGUAACACUGUGCACUUGCGGCCCCACAAAUUAUACACAUGGGUUUAUUAUUUACAUAAAUAUCUUAUAUUAUUAUAUUAUACCUACAUACACAAAUAAAUUAUAUCCGAUUAGUGUUGAAAUGCCUAAUAAAAACCACCUAGAAAAUAUUUAUUUUACACACCCCGUUUCAGCAUAUCACUUUUUAUCGCCAAUACUUUCCGUUGGAGUAUUCUCACUGACGGCCUAUCAUUACGGCCAACCGAUAGCCUACGCCCAACUACAACAUCAGACAGUUUACUAAAGGCACAUAAAUAAUCUACUGCGGUCACUGUUAGCUUAUUACCAAUUCCUCUAGCCCUAUUUUAUAGCUAAUUAGCAUUCUAUAUCAUAUAUUGUGUUGUAUUACUGAUCACUUGAUCUUACCAUUGCUUACGGAAAGAUUUUCCGAUAUUCCAGUGACUUAGUCCAAUAACGAAUAUAUUUACCCAGAUAGAAAAUUUAAAUUUUUUUUUACUAUAUAAUAUUAAGGUAUCAUAUAUAUAUAUAUAUAUAUAGAAAUCUUGAUAUCUCAACUAGGUAUAUAUUUUAUAUUUGCGUGACGAAAAAAAUUGUGUUUAACUACAUUAAUUAAUGUGUUAGAUAACCUAACGUUAUUUAGACUGGAUUUAAAAACCACAUUAUAAAUUUGUUUGUUUUAUGGUACUUUAUACGUAAUAUAUUUUUGUUAUUGCGUUAAUGGCGUUAAUAUAACAUAACAAAAAUGUAAAGCACAUCAUCAUCAUACGUUUUUUUCCCAGUUUUCCCAUGUUUUUUCCCAGUUUUACAUAUAACAGUAAAAAUUACAUCCCUAAAGUAUCUUUCCUAUUAGAUUUCUUUUAGAAAAAAUGCUAUAAUUGUAAAUCGGAGUCAAAUUGCUUAGAGAAAAUUUGUUAACAAGAAAAAAAGGGUCAAAAUAUUUUUUAACUUAUGCCUACAUUCUGUACAUUUUCCCGUUUUUCCUUCGGUUUUUUUUACAUUUAAUGGGAAAAUUCUUAAGAAAUUGAAAAAUGACCUACCUACACAGAUUUCCUUUCAAAAAAGGUACUACACUUAAAAAUCGGAGCAAGAUUUCUGGUAAAAUAGUUAUUAUAUAUUAGUACAGGUAAAUAAAAAAUAAACAUCUUUAUAAAACCAUGACGUUUUUCGCUCCAUUCAGAAUUUAUAAAAAGAAAUGAUUAUAUUUUUUUAACGCACAAAAAAAAAUUGAUUGGGAUCUUUUGACUGUAUGAGACAAAUGGUGUUCCUGAAGUUUCGGAGCAAAUUUAAUUAUUUUAAUAUUAUUUAGUUAUAAGUAGGGCUUGGAUUUAAAUGCCUUGAAAAAUAUCGAAAAUUAUUUUAAAAUAGCCAAAAUUGUUCUAAAAAAAAUACUUUUACCGAAAUAAUAACAAUAAAAUGCAAAAUAAAAGUUUUUCUUUUUUUGUUUUUAUUUGUUUGUGGUCAGUGAUGCAUUACAGCCUUUAAUGAAGAUAAAAUAAAGACUUUAUCGAAAUUAUUAAUAGAACACAAUCUGUAAUUUAAUUUCAUAAAAUGAAAUUUGAAUUACCUAAGUUUAAACUGUAAUUUCAUAUAAUAUAUAAAUGUGUAAACUGUACUUAUAACUAAAAAAAAUAAAAUUGCUAAAAAAAAUCUGUACUAAUAUAAUAUAAAAUGUUCAAAUGAAGUGAUCUUAAUUAUCUGUUACAUAAAUUGAAUUAUGUACUUCAAUAGCAUUUAUAUAAAUCAUCAAAAAAAAAUAAAAUUGCUCUAGUUAUUAUAAAACAUGUUUUCGUUGACGUUUUUAAAAUUUAAAGUUUGAGUUAGUUUAGCAUAUUAUUACAAAAUAGCUAGAGCGUAAAAUGCAUAAAAGACAAUGCAAAAUAUGUGUUAAAAGUUUUUAUAAUACGAAAAUGAAAAAAAAAACAUAUUUAAUAGUUUAAAUACUUAGAAUUAUGUAUAAUACCUAUUAUAUUUAAUGAGUCACAAGUUUUAUUUUCAAAAGUUUUAAUGCGUAAUAAAUUUAGUAAAAGUAUAAAUAAAUAAUAAUUAAUUAAAAUCUAUACCUACAUGGUAUAGUAAAUAUAAAAUUAUUAUAAUUAUAAAUCAAAAUGUAUAAUAGGUAUUAGUUCGGGUAUUAACCACCUCCAUAAUUACGGCUACAGCUUAUGGGUAAAAAUUAUAAUCUUCUCCGAAUAAUAUUUUGAAAAUAAAUGUUAAUUUGUUGACUGUUCCGGUUAUAAUAGUCGAAAAUACAAAUUAGCGAAUUCAUAUUAUGACAUAGGUAACUUAUGUCAACAUAAAAAUGUCUUAUUUAAAUAAUAUUGAUAUUUUUUUUAAAUUGUUUUAAAACCAUCUUAUAUUAUAUGUACUAUAUUAAAUACAUUUAAAAAAAAUACCAUAAUACUGUUUUAAAAACUGCGAAUCUUAAUUAAAAUUAAAUUAUAACUUUUAUUUAUUUUUUUUUUUUUUUAGAAUAAAUAUGAAAAUAUUUUUAAGCUAUGCGAAAAGUCAACAUAAAGAAUUAUAUUUUUUCUAUGGUAUUACGUGCGUAAAACCGCUUAACUUCAAUCUUCACGUAAAAUAAAACCGCAAUAUCAAAAUUUAAAAAGUGAUGAGAUACAGUCGGUAUCUAUCAUGUUUUAAGCAUUUCGCUGUACUAUCAUCUCGCCAUGCAAUAGCCGUUUUUGGAGUAUUAUUUCAUUCCAGUUUUUAAAAAAUAAAACGCAAAUUUAAUAAAAUUAAAAAAAAAAUUAAUUUAUCAUAUUAGCACUGUCAUUUAUGAAACUAUAACGCUAUUACAUCACAAUGGUCAGUAGUGUGUUUUUAAUUUCUUUAUCUAGCUAUCGGUUUUUUUUUGUUAACAAACCCUUUAAAAUGUAUACAUGUUAAUAUCAAAAUUAAUGUAUAUUUUAUGCAUGACUAAUGCAUAAAAUAUACACAAGCCAGUUCCAUAAUACAAUGUUAACACAUCUUUCAAACCGUUUUCAUAUUAUAAUAAUGUAUAUUUAUAACAAUGGUUCCUACAAAAAGUCAGAAUUUUUAGUAUUGGAUACCAAAGACUUAAAAAAAAACGGAAAUAUGUAUCUAUGUGAAUUAUCUGAAUGUUAAUUUAUUCAAUUCACAACAAAACAAAUAAAGUAUAAGUAUAAUCAUAAUUCAUUUUUACGAUGGCGAAAUAUACAAAAUGUUUUUAAAUAUUAUAUGUAUGAUCUCCCGAAAAGCUCGAAAUGGUAUGUCUAACUUUAGGAGAAGUUUUUAAGUAACUAAAAUCUACAUCUUAUAAUAUGCUUAAACCUAAUGAAUAUUAAUAAGUGUUAAAAUAGCUAAAAGCUUAAAUUAUAAUACAUAUUAUUUAUAUAAUAAUACUAUUAUUAAAAGUAGUAAUCAAUAUUUAUUUAAUUAAUUUUGGAUUAUUGUUAUAAUAAUUUGUAUUAAAUGUAUAACCAGUACCUAUAUGUUAUACGUUAAUAAGUAGAUAGAGAAGUAUGAGGAACAUUUUUUUUAUUCAAAACCUAUCAUCAUUAAAUUUAAAUACAAUGCUUCAUUUAGAAUUUAAAAGCUUUAGUAACAUGCCAAAAAUCAAUAAACAUUAUUAACUGAAUUAUAACUUUAAUUUUUAAGCUAUAUUUGCUUCCAUUAACAAUUCAAAAAAACUUAUUUGUAAUUGUGUACUUAUAAAUUAUAUAAGACAUACACGAGAUCGAAUCUUUUAUUGUCUUUAAUGGUAAGUACAAAACAAUUUUAAAGUAGCAAAUCAAUACAAUCAAAUUAUUAUUUAUUUUUUUUUUUCUGUUAACAUAUAAGAAAAUGUAAAAAGAAAUUUAGCAAUUAAAGACUAACAUUAGCCUAUAUUUUAAGUAUACAUUUUUUUUUUUUUUUUUUGAUAAUUUUGAUUAAUAAUUGAAUUGUGAAUGUAUACAGCUUUUUUUUAUUUGAUAAAGGUUUUUUAUUUAUUUAAAUCACUAAAUAUUAUCCAUCCCUAAAGAGCUUGUACCAAAGUUUUGGCUCUAACGCCUAUUGUUGAGAAUUAUUAAAACCAAACAAACUCAUAAUAUUACAAAAUUUGUAUUAAAAUGUUAAAGGAAUAAAUAAACUGAUGAAUAUUCAGUAAAUUAAGGAUAAAUAAAUUUUGAUAAGUUUAUUAGAAUAAUUAUUUUAUCGUUCAUUUGUUAUGGACGAUACCAAUACAAUAAGUACACAAAUGCAUUCGUUUUCUUAUUGGUUUCUAACAUACGAGUAAUAAAAAAAUACUCUUUGAUUAUAAAAAUUAGUUUUUAUUUUAAUUAUUAAAUAAUAGUAAAAUUCUAAAAAUCAAUUUAUACGAUUUUAUGGUGAAUUUUAAAAUUUGCUUGAUAUUUCGUAAUAUAAUAAUAUUAAAAUAAAUGUAUCUCGUAUUCUAUAAAUUUAUAGUACUUCUUAAAUUCGAAUAAAAUUAUAUAACAUGAUUACAUAAAUAAACUGAAAAAAAAAAAUUUUCUUGAAAAUAGUUUUAACAAACUGUUUCGAACAAAUAUAUAAUAUAAAUGACAUUAUAUUAUAUUCAAUGACAUUAAAUGGACGAUUUAAGUAUAUUUUGAAUAGAAUUACAAUGGGAAAAAAUCCAAAUUGAAAACGUCUAGACAUUCUUACAAAUGCUUUGCCAACGUAUCAUUUUAUUUAUGAUAAUUGCUCAUAAAAUUCACUACCAUAUAUUAAUCAGACAAACAUAAAGAAUACAUCAUAAAAAAUAAAGAAUUUCUCGAGUUAUAUUAUGAUCCAGAUUUAUUUUAUAUUAUCGAGAUCUGAUUUUUAAGGGAAUAAAUUAUAGGCUAUUACUAACUUAAAAAAGUUACAUGGCAGAUAAAUAAUAAUGUUAUUUAUAUUCAACAGUACUAGUAACUACAAAAAAAAAAAACCACUGUAGUACCUAUUUCUUCCCGUUCGUAUUAUAUUAAAAAUAAAAUAGUAAUAUCACAUUUAACUGUUUAAGAAUAAUUGAACUCAAAUCCACUUGAUAAUAUGUGUUAAGUAGAAAUGUAUUAUCUUUUAAUUAACGUUUGUAUCGAAAAAUAAAAUGAUUAUGAGCAUUUCCAACUAAAAUCUAGUAACCAAUAUACCAAAUUACAUAUAUUAAUUAUUUAAUCUGUAUACUAUGUCUCUCGGUAACUCACGUGGUGGGCAGUUCACUUAAAUAAAAUUGUAGUAAAAUAUAUAUAUAAUUAAAAUAUGGUUACAUAUUUUCAAAAAUUAUUAUCCGCAUUAUCUUUGGUACCUAUUGUAACAUGAUUUAAUACGUGGAUAAUUUUCAACAGAUUUCGUUUACUCGUAUACUGAUUAUAAUCCAAUUAAAAUUGAUAUUGUACAACGUUAAUAAGUAAGUACAUGUUAAAUAAUACUUCAAAUGAUACUGUUUCGUACUAUUAAACACCCUUUGAUGUGUUUUGGCGACCCUUCAUGUACUUACUUCAUAAAUAAUUAUCUAACAAAUAUUAUAUUGAUAAAUUAUAUAAUAAUGAUCAAACCAAAUUAAUUAAAAAUUGGAAGUCCGUAUAAUUGAAUAUAAAGUGAAUAGUAAUUUUCUAUUUAAUUGUAUACAGUUUAUAACACAUAUUAGCACAAGAAUUUUUUUUUUUUUUUUUUAUAUAGAAAAUAUACUGUUUCGUAAAUCGACUUAUAUUUUUAUUAUAAUUCAAAAUAAAAUUCGAUUUUAUAUUGUUUUUAUUCAUUCAACUAUUUUAUCAAAAAAAAAAAAGAAAGAGAGGAUAAUAAUGAUUGUACCUGCGUUUUUAGAUACGUUAGACAUACUAUUCAAGUUUGAAAUAUUUUUACAUGAAUAUAAAAAUAAAUGAAAAGAUAAUAAAACAAGCGCAUUAAAAAAGAUUGCUCAAUUAGUUUUUUAAUUAAAUUUUAAUUUAUUCGUCGGCUAUAACUAUACUAAAGAACAUUAUACUAAAUAAAUUUGAUUUUAAAAGUAUAUUAUCUCACGUGACACUUCAAAAACAUCGUGCUGUCUAUAAAAGCAUAUACUUUAUUUUACAGAAGUAACUAUAAGAUUGCAUUAUUCCGAUUUAUAAUUUCCAUUAAAAUCUAUCUUGUUCUUACUGUAAUAUUUGUUAUAUGAUUGAAUACAUUUCUAUAUGUUCCUCGCGAUAAAAACUUGAUUAUAUGUUAAUAAAUAUAAAAUUUUCAUGAAAGCACUAUAUUUUCUUUUCAGACAAAUAUUAUUAUAAUAUUAUCCGUAUUUCAUUUAUAUCCAACGACCAACAGUCUUUAUAGACAAAUUUUGCUUCAUAUUUUUCUCUCAGUGGAUUUAAAUGAAAAUAAAAUAGAAUACAAUUUACUUAUUUUUAAAUUAAAAAAAAGAUUUUCAUCUAACUUACUCUUCAUUUUUGGUUUUUUUUUUUUUUUUUUCGUGAACUAAAAUAUAAAAUAAUUAAAUGAAAGUUUAGUAAUAAAUUGUGUAUAUAAUUUGGGAAUUAUAAGUCUAUAUGUGUAUGAAACAUACAUACAAAUAUACAAAUUAUGAAUUCUCAUAUUUUGCAUUAAAAUUCGAAUAUUGAGAAACAUUGGCAUAAGAACUAUUAUAAAUUAAGUUUUAUUUUCAAAUUAAUAAUAAGUAGUAAUUAUUAUAUAGGUACAUUCAUUUUAGAUUUAAACCAUGUGAAAACUGUACAGGUGAAUGUACAUGACAAGUUUAUUUCAUAUUGCACGUUAUUAAAACUAGGGCAAUAAAAUAAAUUACUGCAAUAUCUUAUACAAUUUUCUCCAAUUGCUUACAUUUCUCUUACAUUGAAUUUUGUUACGAAUUAAUUAUGUAUUUUAAUGUGCAUUUAUAAUAUUUAGUACACCAAUAUAAAUGUUGAAUUAAAUUAUUAUUGUAGAGAGAGAGCCAUUGAUUUUAAUAACAAGUCUUUUUUUUUAUCUGAUUGAAAUUGAAUAGCAAUGAGUAUUUUGAGCAACUGCAUUUUUUUUUUGUCUAACAAUUGUUUACUUGUAGUUACUUCAAAAUAAUAUUAAUAUUAUGAAUUUAUUAUGUUUUAUAAGAUCGUUAUAGUUACUAACUUUUAAUAAUAAUUUAUUUAGCACAAAUUAUUUAUUAAAUUGACGUCAAGAGUUAUUGUUUUAAGUAGUUUUAUAGUAACUGAGUUAAUUUGAAUGUCAGCAUACAAAUUAUAAAUACAAAUUGAGUACACAACCUUCUUUUUUGAAGUCAGUUAAAGAAAAACUGUAGACAACGAUUUCGGAAUUAGAAAUUUAGUUUCUCUAGACAUGUAACAGCAUACAUAUCAUAUUGUUUCUGGUCUUUUUACUAUUUGAAAUUUUUAUAAUAAAUUACUUCGUAUGAAACCUUGUUUUUAACAUUAGGAAAUAAAUGAUUGAUAAAGAGAUAUCUAACCUAACUUUUGUAUUUAUUAAUUAUUUAGUAUUAGAUAUUAACUAUUACAUACUAUUGAAUGAUAUAUUUUAUAAACCUCAUUAACUAACCUACUAAAUAAUAUAAAAAUAACGGGUUAAAAUAGAAUAAAUAAAAAGUAAACAAGUAAUAUAAAUUAGUUAUAACCUUACCUAAAAUUAGAUUCGUCGAGUUAUUUUAUCGUUGUAUCGUGUUUUUAUUAUUUCGAUGGUUUUUGAAGUACCUACCUAGUACUCAAUAAAUAAGUUUUAAAAUAUCUAACUAAAAGCAUAAAAAGUAAAAUAAAUUAAAGUAAAGUAAAGUAAAGUUGACGAUGAAAUAAAGCUUUUAAUAGUUCAUGGGAAAAUUAAUAUUUAUAAACAAAAAAAAAACCCCUCUAAGUUUAGUUUGUUUCAAUUUUGUUUCAGUAGAUACUAAAAGACAUAAUUAUACCACAAAUCAUUCGUAUUCUCACUGUAAAAGAGUUUAAAAAUAGACUCUCUAUUUAGACUAUCUCUAGCAAACUUUUUUACUAAAACUAUAAUAAUAACUAAACAAUAAUAGAUUUGUCGUUUAACUUAAUACGUCUCUAUGUAUGAUACACAAAAUUGCUCUACAAAAAAAAAUAUAUAUACAUAGAUAUAAUAUAUUACACUAUUGUAAAACUAAUAGCAUCUUUGUUUCAUUAAAAAUCGUACAAUAAUUAAUGACAUAAUUGAGCGGAAAAAAACAUGUAUUGGAAAUACUCAAAUAUGCACUGAGCAGGAUUAAAUAGCUCGACUGACAAAAUGACUUGCGUAUCUAUUUUAUAAUCCCAAACACAUCUCAGCUUCGUCCCAAUUGAUCACAGCGUUAAUAACCAAAGAAGUCAUCCGAGAAACACGCGAUGAAUAAUAUAAUCGAAAUAACAAUGGGGUUGAAGAAUUCAAACAGAAUAAUAUCGAUGGCACGAAUAGGUAACAAUAAUAAAUAUAUUAUUCUUGCGGUCGGGUUUCCAUACCCGACGUAUAUCGACAGUCUCGAACAGCAAUAUUUACCCGAGCUCAUGCAGAUGUAUAUUUAUAUUAUUCGUUUAAAUGUACCUAUAUAUAACUACUUUUACGUUAAAAGCAUUCGUCCCUUAUAUCACUAUUACUAAACUCGACCCAUUUUGAACACCUGUGGCAUUCACAUAUUAUAACAAUGAAUGAUAUCAUCCGUAAACGUCCCGAAUUUGUAUUUACGAGUGUAUGUAUUAUACUGAGCGCGUGAAAUGGCCUAUGGUCAAUACUUACCUAUAAUAUACAUUUCUACAAAAGAAAAUUUCAAAUUUUAAAAUAUAAAUAAUGGGUUACCUAUAAAAUCUUACUGAAGAAAUUUAAUAUAUCAAUGUGUUAUAACACGUAUGGCGCAUACCAUGCACCGCGUGUGGUACUAAUGUGUGAGUUAUAAUAAUACGAAUGGCAGUGGCGUAUCGAUAAGGUGGCAUGACGAGCAAUGAGCCACGAUAUUUAGGGGCCCCAAAUCAGGAUCAUUGUUUUUACAUUAUUAACGUGGCGGCAAAGUAAAUGUGAUAGUUAUACGAAUUGUAAGUAAGUGCCAUUUCGAUGGGAUAGGAGGCGCUAUGGCGUACUUUUUCCCCACUAUAUAUUCCACUGAUUUAGCAUAAGCAAUAUUUUCACGAACCAAUCAAGUAUCCGUAUUAAGAGGACGCUACACUGCUAAAUCCACAUCUACUGGUUCAAUCUAAGUAACGGGUAACAUACGUUCCUUACAACAUAAAUUGUGGCGGUUAGGUUGAAUUUGGAGUUUAAACAUUUAAACACAAAUAACGAAGUUUAAAGAGGAGAACAUGUUCGGGGCUAGAUUUUUAUCUAAAAAAAUGUUCAUACAAAAAAGUUAGUUAUUUUUUUUAAAAAAAAGUAAAAACUAACCUUAUCGUGCGACAUUUUUUUUUUAGAAUAAAAGCUACGUACAGUCCUAAAAAAAAUAUUCCCUUCUUUAAAUUAUACAGCUCGUGUUUAAACUCCUAUUUCCACCUAAAUGUUCCAUAAUUUACGUUCAAAGUAACGCGAUUUUGCUAAGUUGUCCGUUAGUUAGACAACAGUAGACGCGAGUGUGACGUCCACUGUAAUGAUUUAAUUUAUUACAUGUUUUCCUCGUACAUACAAUUACACAUUAUACAUUUUUGACUGUCUGACCAAAAUAUUUUUAAACUUACAUACAUUUUUGAACGUAGAUAACGUAUUUAUCUGUUCUGCGUGUGCGUGUGUGUGUGCUUUUGGACUUUGUAGGCAUGCACGCACGCCGUAUUAUCAUAUUAUAACAUGUGCAUGUCUGUUGUAUAAUACUAUGUGUAUAGGUCCCGUUAAUAAUAAUAACAAUAUUACAGUUAUGCUAAUGGAACGUAAAUAAUAUUAUAUUUAUAAUUAUACGAAAUUUCGAUAGAAACGAGGAAAUAUUAAUAUCAUGUUGAUACGAUUCCAUAACAACGUUAUGAUUACACUCGCAUUACAUUAAUAAUCGACGUAUAAUUUUGUUAUUUACCGUGUAGUCGGAUGGACAUUUCUGUUUUACGACCAAUGAGUUCGCGACGGAUAAUAUUCCUAACUGUAGUAAAAGUACAUAAGGGAUGAUAUUGUAUAAUAUUCCGACGAUCGGAAUUAAAAGCAAAUAAAAGCGAUUGCCUCAGUAACAGUUAUUUGCAUAAAUCGUCAGACUUUUUUUUUAUUUAUUUAUGUUCAUGUUUAAUAUUACUAUCGAUUUUGAUUCCAUUUUUUUUUUUUCAGUAAAGAUUAAAAAAAAAUAAAAACGAGUUUAAAUGAUUUACAUUUUCAAAUGUCAUAUUGAGUUACCAUAACCUUUAAAACAUAAUAGGUAGAUGGGUAGGUAAUAUAAUAUAAUUUAAUCAGAUACUAAAACAACAGCGUAUAGGUCACUCCCAAGAAAGAUUAAAUAUUAUGUGGGUAUCCCAUCACGAACGACGUGCAAAAGUUAUAUUAUUGUUGCAUCGAGUAAAAGGUAUAAACACAUUUAUUUAUGAUUAACAUAACGGUAUAUUACCGUGCGGUUAAAAAAUACACAGAAACGACACUGUAGGUAGUAUACGGUACCUUUUUACUAUGGUAAGCUAAAUCCCACGGGAAAUCCACCACGUUUCUAGGGACCGCAGUGUAAGCUUUGAUAAGAUAUAAAAGUAUUAUCCUACCUUUAGUAUAAAAAAGUAUAAGGGCUUAACACACUUUGGUCCCGACACUCUCCUUAUAAAAUGAAAUGCAGGUAAUUCUUAAAAUUCUAUGUACCUACUCAAACUCUCUGCGUUAAUUUUUUCUUUUCAACACCACUUAAAUAUUGCUUUAUUUUUUAGAAAUAUUGAUUAAUUUAAAAUAAAAUGUGUAAUACGUUUACAACAUACGAAAAUUAAUCACAAUUUAAUCGAUCCGAUUUAUUUCUUUUUCUAACCAUUAUUAUUAUAUAAUGAUUAUGAAUAAUAUAAAUAAGUAUAUUGUACCAAACUAGUAUUAUUCCUCAAUUGAAUUCACUAUUUCUUCACUAAAAAUUAAUAAUCAUGGUAACAAUAUACGAUGAAUUUGAAAUGUUCAUAAGUAACGACUUCAAAUAUUUCACUUAACAUUAUACGAGUAUGAUACACAUUAUUGUACAAUUAUUGGUAAGCUAAUAUAGAAGGAGGGAAUUUAAAAUGUAUAGGUUAAUUUAUAUAUUGAAAAUAACGAUAAAACAUUGCAAUCAAAAACUGUUCUAAGCGGAGUAGUAUUAGUAGUGUUUUUCCCCUUGUAGCCAAGGAAACCCAUAAAUCACCAAAAAUUAAAAAUUUUUAAAUUGUAAAUAAAAACUUUCGGAAAUCUAGACAUUUUUUUCAAAUAAAAUACCAUUGGGCGGAAAUUCCGCAUCUUUUAAGGUGCAACGUUAUCCUUGGUCUAUGGCACUAAAUAAAAAUAAAUAAAUAAUAAAAACUAUAAGAAUUUGUCUUUUUUAUUAGAAAAUAUACCAUGAAUGUUUACGGUAUGAAUAUAAAUUCCUAUUUAGGUGUUGAAACAUGUUAGAGAUUAAAAUAAGUACCUAUAUAUAAGGUGUUAUAUUCCAAAAUAUGUUUGCACCAUAUAACUUGGGAAUGUGGAAGAUCCUUGUGUGUAUAUUAGUAAUAUUAGUAUAGAGAUAAAAUAGUUUGCACCUAGCCUAUCACUAUAGAACAUAGUAAAAACGAAAAUGUUUAAUUACUAUUGUGAUUACAGAGUGUCCAGCAACGAAUGAUGGAUUCGAACGGUUCGCUUGUCCAACUGCGGACGGGGAAGGAAGGUUCAAGUGCAUAGAUGACCAUGUACUUUGUGAUGGAUACAUUGACUGUCCAAAUGCCGACGACGAAGAUCCAAAGAAUUGUUUCUUUUUCAAAACAGUAAGUGCAAAAAAUAAAAUAAAGUCAAAUAAAAACGAGUUUUGGGGGAGGCCACAAAAUAAAUCAAUACAGCUGCAGCUAUGUCAAGAUAAUGUAAUUAGAUGUCAUUAAAAAUUACAAUUGUUAAACUUUACAAUUUAAAGAGAGAAAAAAACUUCAGACUGACAAUUAUUUCAUUUAAAAAGUUUCGUUAAAACCCUUGAAUUUUAAUCAACAAACAAAAGAUCAAUGCAUAAUUUUUUUUAAAUCCAUUUUAUGUUUCAUAUAAAUACAUUUUACAUUAUGUUUCUUGAGCAUAGUAAAUAAUUUAAUGCCAUAUUAAUACAUUCGGCUAAAUACUGUAUAUUUUUAAAUUUUUAUUAAACAAUUUUACUUUCUAUUCGUUUAUAUUGCCUGUACUUUUUAGCAAAUUUAAAUGACAAAUAAAUGUUUAUAAAAGAACUUUCAUCGAAUUUAGAAAGGAAGUGUUCAUUAAAAUCAAAAUGUAUUUUGGCAUUUAGGUUAUAAAUACGUUUCUGAACAAACAAAUAAAUUAAUCAACAGUUCAACGCAUAAUAAGUUUCAUUAGGUAUACUAGUGUCUCUAUGUUGACAAGUACCGAUUAUUUAUAUACGUUCUAACAUUUUACCGUUUAUGUAGUAUUAUGCAUUGCAUAUAGAAUAGAUAAAGUAAUAAAUGUAUACAUUGAUAUUAUUUGGUAUAUAAAAAUGAACGAAAAUUAAGUAUCAGAGUUUUGUAGAGUAGAGUUUCAAAUAAUAUGACAAUAUAUUUCAUUCCUAGAAAAUGUACGUUUGUUCACAAAGUUUUAUUUUGUGACAAAUUAUUUCAAGCUCCGAAAUAAUAAGCACUACACGAGUAUUGGAUAUUGGAAAUAUUACCGCAGUAUAAAAUAUAAUAUUUAAAGACUAUGUCACUAUUUUAAAAAUAAACUUUUUUUCAGACUAAAGCUCAUUUGGACAUACUGGCAGACGCUCUUCUUCGAUGGGCAAGAGGACGCUAAUCCAAAAUGUAAUUUUAAAAUUAAACCUUGAUAAAAUGAUAAUGAUAUUUUUAAUUAAAAAAACCAAAAUUAAACAAAAUAACUCUUAUUUUGUACAUAAAAUUAAAAAAUAAUAUUGUCCCAAAAUCAUAAAAUACACCUCCACUCAAAAAGUACCGUAUUUCAAUUUAUCUUAUACGUGCGCGAAAAUCAAAUUACAAAAAAUAAUUUUCAAAAUAAAAUGACGGAGGCCUGAAAAAGAAAUGCGUUUUAGUAUAUUACCUACUAGUAAUUAAUAUUUAUUUAUUAUUAGGUACACAUAAUAAAAAAAUUUCCCAAAACCUAAUCAAAUAACGUAUACCAAACAGCAUUUUCUUGUUUUAUAUGCUCAUAAUUUUAUUUAUUUUACUUUAAUACUACCAAGUUCCUACAAUAGAGUUGUUGUUACCAAGCAUGUGUCAUGUUGAUGUACUCAUACAGGUUGUAUAUUGUUUUAUUGUUUUUAUUUUUUUGUUUUGUUUUUUCAACACUAUCUAUGGUUAAUCGAAUCUAUAAAGAAUAUCGCAAUAAAUCAUUGUGUGUUUAUUUUAAUAAUUGUUAAUAAUUGAACUUGUACAUAUUAUUUUAAUUUGUCUUCUUAUUACCUAUAGGAACCUAAUACUAUUAUU